AUAAAAUUAGGAUUGAUGGACUUUUAACAAAUUGCCACAAUUAAAUAAAAGAGACUUGACCACAUCAAUUAUAUAUUUUCCUGUAUAUUAGUUAGCUAAAAAAUAAAAAUAUAGUUUAAUUUUAUUUUGUUCUCCUAAUCUUCAAAUCAACCUCUAUUUUCUUCACCUAACACUUCUACAUUAUAUCAUUACUUCUGACUAUCUUUAAUUCCUUCUCUGUUAAGUAUCAAUUUUCCAUUUCUUAUUUUGUCCUAUUUUCUUCUAAUAUUUUUUUUUUUAUUCAAAAUAAUUACUAUAUAUUUACUUUUUGAUUGAUUUUUAAGUCCAAAUGGAAGAAACCGCAGGGAAUCCACUGUACUACAGCUGCAGAAAUUGCAGGAAUCCUGUUGCACUACACGAAGAUCUCCUUUCCAAGAAUUUCCUGGCAAAAUCGGGGCAAGCGUAUAUGUUCCAACAUGCAAUGAACAUCAUAGUUGGGGCGAAGGAGGACGGACAACUAAUAACCGGUUAUUACACGAUUGCUAAAAUAUUUUGCAGCAAAUGUAGUGAUGAAAUGGGUUGGACUUAUGUUAGAGCUUUUGAAGCAAGAGACAAGUUCAAGGAGGGCAAAUACAUUGUCGAGAAGGCUAAGAUUUCGAAUACCGAGACCAACUCGAUCUAGAUUCUGAAAACUAAAAUUUUUACUAUAAUAAACGAUACCGUACGCGUGUUUGUGUGUGUGUUUUAUUGUUGAUGACGAUGUACAUUUUCUUCGA